CCCAAACCAUCUCACUCUCUCACUCACUCACAUUUUGAGUGAUCAUAUCAUAUCUAUAUCUAUACACAUAUACAUUCUGAUAUUUACAUUCACACUCAUCAUCAUUAUCAUGGGGGAUCCAAAAGACAAGGGAUCAGUUGUUGCAGAUGACCAAGAAACAUUAUCCCAAAGUAACAGGAGUACUCCACCGACGAUAAAUUGUUCAUCAAAGCAAACAAAAUGUUGUACUGGUUGUAACACUACUAAAACACCUCUUUGGAGAGGAGGUCCAGCUGGUCCUAAGUCACUUUGCAAUGCAUGUGGGAUCAAAUACAACAAGAAAAGAAGAAAAAGUGCAAAAACGACAAAUGGAGGACGAGGAGAUCAUGUGAAGCUAAAAGUGAGACUAAUGGUAAUCAAUCAAAAAAAGCAAGAUCAACAAAAACAACAACAAAUGAUCAAGAGAAAGAGAUCAACAUAUGAAAGAGGGAAGCCAUGGUGGAACAACUUAAGAGAAGAAGAACAAGCUGCUAUACUGUUAAUGGCUAUAUCUUGUGGUGGAUCUUUUUAUUAAUUGAUUCAUUUUCAAAAUUUAAAAUUUUGGGGAAAACCCCUCCCCUCCCCUCCUGACCUGACUGCUAAAUCACUCACUCACCUACUCACCUGACCUGACCUAACCUAACCUGACCUGACCUUGGUUAAAUAAAUUUGUGGUGGUUUGUUGACAACUCAUUUGUAUUUGUACUACUCUUAAUUUUUAUUGCAAAUGUAAGCUAGAUUUGCCU